CUGAGAGUAGCAACAGAUAUAAACUAUAGCCACGUUCUUUGAUUUGGCAAAGCAUGUCUUGGUUGUUAGAUGGUCUUUGAAAUGAAGUAAGAUGGCUUUGAAACAUCAGUGGGAUAUGAUCAAACUGUAUAGGGAAGGAUUACUGGACACGCGCUAUAGUACAAAUGAUCAAUUCGCCCUUAAAAAUCUCCAGUCUGAUGUUACAGAGAGGAAGUCGGACUUCGCCAAGGAUAUGUUGGCAUCACAAAACACAAAAAUGAUAUCACCCAUCAUCAUUUCCCAUCAGAAGAAGUCAAUGGAAAAUGGAGCCGUGUUGCCCCUGUCACAAGCAGUCAUUUGGCCUCAGCUGGGUCGCACAAAGCCAACUUCAGCCAGGCACGGUGGAGUAAACAUGCACAGGCCAUUUGCUACAGACAGAGUGGGAAUUCUGACUCCACCGGAGGAGCUAGGAUUGGAGACAGAACCGCUAUCCACAGGGGACAACCUAGGCAGAGGCCGUCACAGAGGGUUCUCAUCUAUCACCAUUACUGCCCGACGUGUGGGCCCUCCAGCCAACUCCUUGGUAUGGGACACUGUUAGGGACUCACUGUGUCCCAACUGCAGGGCUAAGAAUGCUCUUCUCCAAGGACCCCCAGCUCUGGCCAGGGAAACCCAUCUGUGUCAGCACAAUGAGUCCUUCACCUGUACAGAGUUCCCUAGCAAUGGCUCCAUAGAGGGGCUGAAGGUUCCCCGGGCUCAUACAAGGCUGUGUACAAGGCAGGAGUACUGGAUCACCCACAUGGAUGACAAAGAGGACAGUUUUUCUUCAGACAAUUCACCAUCGGGAAAAGUCCCAUUGGUGUUCAGUUCCUGUGUCCACCUCCAGGUGUCUCAGCAGUGUCCCAAAACCAUUUACUAUUUGGACAAGUCUCUUUCUGUCCCCCUUGAGCAACCUCAAAUUGCUAGCCCCAAAAUGCACAGGUCUGUCCUGUCGCUCAGCCUCCGCUGUAGUUCCCACAGGUUAACAGCAGAUGGCGUAGAUAGCACAGCUAAUGAUGAGCCAAUCAGCAGAGCCCUGCCACAAGAGCUCUUGGAGGGAAAGCAGGACCUCUUAAAUCCACAAUGGGGCCAAGCACAGGAAGGUCACUGGAAGGAGAGCCCAGCAUUGGUGCCGAUACAUAUGGGGAGUGGCAAGGCUCUGGCAGGCUCCCCUCCCCUGGAAAAUGUCAAAUGUGCAGAUGUGGGAAGGAACCAGGUCCCAGUAAGAAAGGAGAAAGAAGACUGUGCAACAUGUCCCACUAGCAGCCAUGCCGACCAACUCUCCAUCCAUAUUCCUGGCUGGAGUUACAGGGCAGAUUACACAUGCUGUGACUUGGUUGUAAAACUAAAGGAAUUUGAGAAGCACAAGGACCUCAUUGCCACACCCGAGCCUUCACCAGCAAUGCCCUCUCCAACACCCGCAGAGGGACCACAGAGCUCUGACCCAUUGGAAGAUAGUUCUGAGCCUCCGCAUCUGCUGGCAAGCUCCAUGACCUUGCAGGAAGCACUGGAAGUCCGUAGACCUCAGUUCAUUUCUCGCUCACAAGAACGGCUGAAAAAGCUUAAGCACAUGGUACAGCAAAGGAAAGCCCAGCAAAAGGAAAACCUGGGACAGAAGCAGAGCCUACUUCCUGUCCGUGCCCACAAGAAGCAGUUCACCGUCCCUCAUCCUCUUAGUGAUAACUUGUUCAAACCCAAAGAAAGAUGCAUUUCAGAGAAGGAGAUGCAUAUGAGAUCUAAAAGAAUCUAUAAUAACUUGCCGGAAGUUAAAAAAAAAAAAGAAGAGCAAAAGAAAAGAGUGAUCUUACAGAGUAACAGACUCCGAGCAGAAGUCUUCAAAAAGCAAUUACUGGACCAGCUCCUUCAGAGGAAUGCAGUCUGAUUCCAGGUGGCUCUGCUAGCCACAGCCUGGACCUGGGAAGACUUCUGACACUGGAUGAACCAUUAAACUAAACACUAUCUUCGCACGUGAAAGAUACUUUACUUUUGAUUUUUUUUUUUUCACUUUCUGAAUGACCCAAACAAACAAAAGAAACAGUCCUGCAGUUAAUAGGUCAGCAGACCAUUGCCAGGA